UGGCCCACUCUGGAUCCAGCCUGUCAAAGCUGCACUGAAACGAGAUCGACGUGGGAUCAAGUCAGUUAAAUGUUGAUUAACUAUUGUUAUAUAACAGGUGCUGUUCAGAUUUGAAGCGGUGACUUGAGACUGCAACAGUCCAAAAGAGAAGUCCACUGCUCCUCCCACCCCCCAACUUCCCUCUCCUGACCCUCUCUGAAACAAAGCUCUCACUAUGAAUGAAGUUAAUAUUAUCAGAGAGGGCUGGCUCCACAAAAGAGGUGAAUACAUUAAAACAUGGAGGCCCAGAUAUUUCAUCCUGAAGAGUGACGGUUCCUUCAAUGGCUACAAGGAGAAGCCUGAUCUAAAUGACCAGAUUUCACCUCCGCUCAAUAACUUCUCAGUGGCAGAAUGCCAGUUGAUGAAGACAGAAAGACCCCGGCCCAACACUUUUGUCAUUCGUUGCCUACAGUGGACCACUGUUAUUGAACGCACUUUUCAUGUGGACAGCAAUGAGGAGAGAGAGGAGUGGAUGCGUGCUAUCCAGUCGGUGGCAAACAGUUUGAAAAUGCGAGACCAGGAGGAAGAGGAACCAAUGGAUUUGUUUGGCUCACCCAGUGAAAGCAGCCUGGAGGAGAUGGAGGUGGCUAUGUCCAAGUGCAACUCCAAAGUGACAAUGUGUGACUUUGAGUACCUGAAGCUGCUUGGCAAAGGGACAUUUGGGAAGGUGAUUCUGGUCAAAGAAAAGUCCACUGGAGUUCACUAUGCCAUGAAAAUACUGCGCAAAGAGGUCAUAAUAGCCAAGGACGAAGUGGCCCACACAGUAACAGAAAGCAGAGUGUUACAAAACACACGACAUCCCUUCCUCACGACAUUGAAGUAUGCAUUUCAAACCAACGAUCGGCUCUGUUUUGUAAUGGAAUAUGCAAAUGGAGGCGAGCUCUUCUUCCACCUGUCACGAGAACGAGUAUUCACAGAAGACCGGGCACGCUUCUAUGGUGCUGAGAUAGUGUCAGCACUCGAGUACCUGCAUUCACGUGAUGUCGUAUACCGUGAUCUUAAGCUGGAGAAUCUGAUGCUGGACAAAGACGGCCACAUCAAAAUCACAGAUUUUGGCCUUUGUAAGGAGGGUAUUACUCCAGAUGCUACCAUGAAAACCUUCUGUGGAACUCCUGAAUAUCUUGCACCUGAGGUCCUAGAGGAUAACGACUACGGCCGGGCAGUUGACUGGUGGGGUCUGGGUGUAGUCAUGUAUGAGAUGAUGUGUGGACGUCUGCCUUUCUACAACCAGGACCAUGAGCGUUUGUUUGAGCUUAUCCUCAUGGAGGAGAUCCGCUUCCCCAGGAACCUGUCGCCUGAGGCCAAGUCCCUACUGGCUGGACUGCUCAAGAAGGACCCCAAACAGAGGUUAGGUGGCGGUCCUAAUGAUGCCAAAGAAGUAAUGAGUCACAAAUUUUUCAGCCCCAUCCACUGGCAAGAUGCGGUACAGAAGAAGCUUACCCCACUCUUCAGACCACAAGUGACAUCAGAGACAGACACCCGUUACUUUGAUGAAGAAUUCACGGCACAGACCAUCACGCUCACUCCUCCAGACAAGUAUAACAGUCUGGACUGUGAGGAUCCCGGCCAACAAGCACACUUCCCCCAGUUCUCCUAUUCUGCUAGCAUAAGAGAGUGAUAGCAUCUCUGACACACACACUCACACACAUGCAUACACACACACACACACACACAAAAACAAAAACACACAUCUUGGCCAUAUCACUUACAGCUAUAAAAUGACCAGAACCUCCAUCUUUUUGGUCUCAGCUAGAUCUACAUGUAAUUGCCUCAGCUGGCAGCCAUAUUGCUCUGUAGAACCUUCUCUAUCCACACGACAAACCCUGGCCACACUGGCAGCACUGUAACUUCAGUACCUGACAUAGUCGUCAGCACAAGUCAACAACACACUCAAGACUCAGUCUGUAGCACCUUCGGAUGGCCUGUAAACAACUGCUGCUGCUUUUCGGGCUGAAAUGUCUUCUUCUUAAAUGCUCUCUGUUCUGUGGUGUGAUGAGAAGUCAUACAGCUCUUUUGUGAUGUUUCAAAGUGCGCUUCUUCACAACUAGCUCCUACCACUGGUGAUAAGUCAGGUGCAUCUAUGAGGGAGGAAAAACUGUGUCUGUCUGUCUGUUCGGAUGUCUGUUUUGUUUUUUAGGACACUUGCCCAGUGUGCAUAAGGAACAACAUAUGAAUGGAAAACACACAAGAUCAAAGUGUAUUCAUGGAGAACGUUUUGACCGAGUGAAACAUGAUGGGACGGUCAUUUCUAUAUUGUAUGCAAUGGAAAAAAAUCACUCGCACAUGAAUUCGCGCUCACCUCAGACGUGAUCUUUGGUAACAGAUCUGUCAAGUGUGGCACCAAAAUUAUUGGGAAUUGGGAAUAACUUACUGCACAAAGUGUAUAUGUUAUUCAAAAGUUUUUAUUUUUUGACACAUUUUUGAUCUUUCUUGAUCAGAUAAAUACACAGCAGCCAUGUUAUUUAAGAGGCUCAUUAAGCACUUACUGGUUUAAAGAAGACCUUUUUUCUUUCUGAUGGCCCAUGUUCAUAAGUAAGCUGACAUCGUUGUGGAUUGUGUGCUUGUCACCUUUAUAUCAUAAAUGUCAAAAACUGUCAGAUACUGAGAGUUGGCAUCAAAUUGUCCCAUUUACUUUAUUAUGCAUGAGGUUUUUGCAGUUACCUUUUUUUAGAUUAUUUAAUUUCAACAACCUUCUUUAUAUAUAUAUAUAUAUAUAUAUAUAUAUAUAUAUAUGUAUGUAUAGUAUAACCAGCCCCAGUGCCAAACUGAAUUAUUAGCAAUUUCAGAAUACAUGUUCAUAAUUUGAACAUCAUUAUUUCUUUGCUUCCAAAGCUUGCUCUGUAACAUUCUCAGUCAUGUCUAAAUUAGAUAUAUUUUAAAUUGUUCCAGUGCAUCCGAACUACAUCCAGUGAUAUCAGUGAGCGGUUGAUGUCAUGAACAUGGUCCAUGGUGAUAUUUCGUUUUUUAGUGCAAUGUGGACUUGCAGGGGACGUCUUUUGUUGUUUUCAGUUCUUCCCAUGUGUUAUUAACAACAUGAAGUGGUUAUCAGGAGGCGUGCAGAGAUUUGCAAUAUUGGGUGUUACACAAUGUUAGAUUCAUUUUCAUGUACAGUUUAUGUGUCACUCAUGAUAAAGGGCUGGGGCAGAAAACCUGCUCAACUUCCUGUUACUCUCAGAGCCUUCUACCACUUCAAGCUGUUCUGGCAUCAUAUCCGUUAUGUUUGUCUCUUAUCUUCUCGUUUUACUUGUCCACUUGCUGUUCUCCCUCAUCCCUCCUCUUCCCUGAGCCUACUCAUAUUAAAGGGAUAGUUCACCGAAAAAUGCUGAAGGAGGGGUGUGUUGAGUCCACAAAACACUUUUGGAGUUUCAGGGAUAAACAAUUUUGCAGCCAAAUCCAAUACAAUUGAAGUCAAUCAUGACUCCUUCAAACGUAAUAAAACAAUAGAAAGCCUGAACAUUCAAAUCUGACUUGAAACGGCACCAUGCCUAAAAGUCUGCUACCGGUCGUAGCGAUGCCAGCAAAUGUAGUGAUGUAAACGUGCACCCCCCACAUGCCUUUUGACGAAAGGCAGUGUGAUUUUCCGUUAAAUAUCAGAGGACAUUUGGGCUAAAAACAUGGUGUAUAUCUCCUUGUUUCCAGUCGAAUUUGUAUGUUGGGGCUUCCUGACACUUGGAUGGGGCGUUUAAAAAAUGGAUCACCAUUUACUUCAAUUUUAUUCGAUUUGGCUGCAACGCUGUUUAACCCGGAAAUUGAUUAAGUGUUUGGUGGACUCAAACACUAUACCCACCCCUCCAUCAGCAUAGCGCUCAGUAGAUGAGUGAAUUCUAAAAAUCCCUUUAAGGAAGUUGAUGAUGCUUGUCACAAAUGUAUUUUUUUCAGUGACAUUAUUCUAUCAAACAGUUCUUUACUAUUUGUCUAUGAAUGUAAUUCUGAAAGACAAGGAUCCAAUACACCUGUUUAACUGUCUUAAUAAACCCUUGUGUUUUGA